AUGGCACACCACGCUGAGGACGACAGCUACCACCCAAAGGAUGCCAUUUCGGCAUCUAUUAAGACCACUGCCAUGACUGGUGGCAUUGGUCUUUUUGCCUCAGCUGUCCAGAACACUUUGGUGAGGCAGAAUGUUGGCCCGCUGGGCAUCUUCCAGCGCAGCGGCAGCACCAUCACUGUUCUCGCUGCGAUGGGUGGUACCUACGAAUUCGCCAAAACCGCGUCGGCCAACCUGCGCGAGAAGGAGGACCCUUGGAACACCGCCAUCGGUGGUUUCUUCUCCGGCGCCAUUCUGGGUCUGCGAGCCCGUGCUCUUCCCGCCGUGCUCGGCUACGGUGUCGCCCUGUCGACCGCCCUGGCCGCUUUCGAAUACACCGGUGGCUCUCUGUUCGGAUACAGCAAGAACAAGGAUGAAGAUGAGUUUGAGCGUCGGACAAAGCUGCGCACCAACUACCAGAGCCCCGCCGAGCAGACCUUUGCCGAAUUGGGUGAGGGACGUGGUAUCUACGGCCCUAACUACGCAGAACGCCGCCGCGAGCGGAUCAAGGAGGCCUAUGGCAUUGAAGUUCCCACAUACCCGGUUUCUGCAUCAUAA